AUGUCGCAGACUCCCAAGGUCGAGCAAGGCCAGGCCAAGGAUAUGGCUCAAUCUGUUGCUUCUGAUCGCGAGCAAGAUGAGGUGCUGGUGUUGACCAAGGCUCAAUCGAAGCGACUGCUCCUCAAGACAGAUCUGGUCGUCAUGCCACUUGCCGUCCUGUCUAUGACUCUCGCCUUUUUAGACAAGAACGCGUUGGGAUACGCUGCCAUCUUCGGUAUCAAAGAAGAUGCCCACCUAAAACCCCAAGAGUACAGUUGGCUCAGCAGCAUCUUCUACUUCGGUUACCUGGCCAUGGAGUUCCCCAACCUGUGGUUAAUGACCAAGAUUCCCAUCGGCAAAUACGUCGGUGGCUGUCUCACUCUAUGGGGUGUUGCUCUAUGCUUCAUGGCCCUUUGCCACAACUUUGCCGGACUGGCCACUAUUAGAUUCCUUCUGGGUGUCUUUGAGGCUGCUGUACUACCUUGCAUGAUGAUCAUCAACUCGAUGUGGUAUUUGAGGAACGAGCAGCCUCUCCGAACUGCGUUCUGGUAUAAUACUUUCGCGGGUGUGUUUGGAGGUAUUCUGUCGUAUGCGAUUGGGCAGAUCAAUGGCUCGCUGUCAACCUGGAAGUACAUCUUCCUCAUAUAUGGAUCCUGCACCGUGCUCGCCGGAGCUCUGGUCUUCUUUGGCCUCCCUGAUACUCCCUCUAAAGCAUGGUUCUUCACGGAGGAAGAGAAGAAACUCGCCAUGAUUCGGCUCGCUCCCAACCAAACUGGUAUCGAGUCAAAGAAGAAAUUCCAAACUGCACAAAUCCUGGAGGCUCUUCGUGAUCCUAAGUGCUACUGCAUCUGGCUCGGCGUCUUUGGCUACGCCCUCGCCAAUGCAGGCAUCACAAAUUUCAACCCUCUGAUUAUCGCUGGGUAUGGCUUCAGCAAGACCAAGACUGUUCUCAUGGCGACUCCCCAAGCGGCAGUUGCCAUGAUCAGUCAGGCUAUUCUCACGACUGUCGCGUUCUUCAUCCCUAACCUUCGAUGCAUCUUCUGGAUCUUCGGUGCGCUUAUGGGCUUGGUUGGGGCUGUCAUGGUGCAUUCGCUCGAUGUUGCCACCCAACGCGACGCUUCUUUGGCGGGCGUUUACCUGAUGGGCUUCUAUAACGUCCCCUGGGUGUUCCUACUCAGCCUGUCAUCCUCUAACACUGCUGGUGCGACAAAGAAGAGUUUCAUGGGUAUUUCCAUCGCGAUUGUCUACGCCGUUGGCAAUAUUGUCGGUCCUCAGUUCUUCCUUGAUAGACAGGCACCCACGUAUGCCCUCGGAAUAGGAUCUAUGCUUUGUGCAUUUGCCUUGAUGGCUGCCACUGGUCUGGUAUACUAUGUUCUCUGCGGUAUAGAGAAUAAGAGGCGCGAUAAGCAAUAUGGCAAGGCUCAUGACGACACUGAUAUUGGACUGGAGGCCGAAAGGAGCGACAAGACGGAUUGGCAGAAUCCCAACUUCCGCUACACUUACUAG